UUUCUUUUACUUGAUGACUUCAUUCAAUACGUUGUAUGCACGGGCACGCACGAACGCACGCACACAUACACACAAACAACAUUUGACAGUGUAAUGUUACGGCGGUAAAUGUCAGUUCAGUUGACAUUCGACAAAAACAAUUUUAUUUCUAUUUGUUUACCAGCACCAAUAUCGUUUCUUUGGAUGAAGAGAAAAAAAAUCGAAUUUUUAUAUGGAUUUCUGCUAGAAAAAUGGAUGAAACAGAGAGUUCAUUCGAGUAUUUUUGCCGUAUUUGUGCAACGCAAUCGAAUCAAGUGCAAAAUUUAUUCGCAACAAUUCAAAAUGGAAUCAGUUUGGCAGAAAUACUGAUGCAUUGUUUAAAACGACCAGUGAACAAAAUAGAUGGUCUUCCUGAAAAUAUUUGCCCAAAUUGUAAGACAAAUUUAAUAUUCACCUAUGAAUUUCAUAACCUCUGUGAGGCCAGCGAGCAAUAUUUUUUGAAGAGACUACCGCCGAACCAAAUUACCAACGAAUUUAAAGCAUUUACAAGUGUUGUUGAAUCAAUACACACAAGUGAACAUGCAAUUGAUGCACACAUAAAAAUUGAAAACGACUACGGAUUGGCGGCUCUUCAAACGCCGAACAUUAUUGACGAAAGUUUGGAAUUUGAUGUUCGACCAACAACGCUUGUGUCAGAGUUGGUUUGUGUGGAGGAAAAUUUCGAUGUGAACAAUGUAAUCGAAGAGAAUGAAGAAAUCAGUGAAUCAUCGCUACCGAUUGGCCGAUUGAGACAGCGGCGCAGUCCAAUGAAAGCCGUACAGGUGGUUGCGCGAAGAGUCAGACAUAAAUCCGCCGAUGAAUACAAAGUUUUCGAAUGUUUCGAAUGCAAAAAGACAUUUUAUCAGUUGAAUGAUCUACGGCAGCAUAUGAACGAGCACAACAACAACCGAAAACCAUUUGAAUGUACCACCUGUAAUAUGCGAUUUAUUCACAUAAACAGCUGGUUUCGGCAUCGAUCGAGACACACCAAAAAUAUUCAUGAAUGUGAAUACUGUUCACAGUCAUUCAACACACUCACCGCUGUCAAGCAACACAUUCAAGAUCAACACAAAGAUCAUCUCAAUGCCUAUAAAUGCGAUCAAUGCUCGGAGGAGUUUGCUUUACAUUUUCUUCUGGUUCUUCAUCAUGAAUGGCAUAAAAAAGCCAAACCAAUUAUCUGCAGCACAUGUAAUAUGGUCUUUUUUAAUGAGCGCAAAUUAAAGGCACACAUUCGAGACAAUCAUGCGAAUCAUUUGUGUGCAGAAUGUGGAAAAUCAUUCAAAACCAUUCACUCGUUGGCCAGCCACCAAAUGUUACACACUGAAGAAAAGCCGUUCGCCUGUGAUCUAUGCCCGAGCCGAUUCAAAUGGAAAGCAGCGCUCCGAACACAUGUACUCGUGCAUACUGGUCAAAAGCAACAUGUCUGCGACAUUUGCGGAUCGUCUUUUACGACCAAAGGAUCAAUGAAAAAGCACAAAAGAAUACACUCCGGUGACCGACGGUAUCAUUGCGAAACAUGUUCGAUGCGAUUUUAUUCCAACGAUCAUUUGAAACGGCACAAACGGACUCAUACUGGAGAGCGACCAUACAUUUGCACAUACUGUCCACGCUCAUUCUCGCAAAGCAAUGAUUUGACAAAGCACUUGCGCUCGCAUGUGGGUCAAAACAUGUAUCGAUGCCAUUGCGGUGAAUCAUUUCGGCUUCAAACUGAACUACGAAAACAUUCUUACACUCAUUACAAUAAGGAUGAUAAUCCAGAAACGCUCAAAACUGAACAACCGCAAUAGCUAGCAUAGCAUAGAUUUACUCUGUAGUCGCUUCUUUUGACAAAGUGUCAAAUAAAUAUGUAAAUAAACAA